CUGUGUGAAAGUGUUCACGGCUGGAGGAAGUGUUUGAGCGAAUUAGGUGUCAUGUGGUUGUCAUACGGUGCAGUCUUUUAAGAAUUGAGCCAAAGAAGGGGAGGUCUUCAUGUGGAUGCUCAUACACUAGUUAGAGCCACUUUCUGGAUCUGGAACCCAGUCGAACACAAUCUGAAACGGGAUGGACCUCUGAGGAGCACAGUCAAGAGACGUUGUGUUUGGUGUGGUCCUCUGUGAUCCAAUGUUGUUGAUUUAAAAGAAAGGAUUUUUGACAUUGCAUGUGGACGUGUUGACAUUCCUACUAUGGAUGUUCAGAUUUUUGGAAACUGGAUGUGCAUUUUGGCUGUAGUGAACAAACAUUUUAUGUAAACAACCUUGUUUUCUUCAUAUUUGAAGUUAACAUCAGUUUAUGUUGCGUUAGUUGUUUUGGUUUGACUGCAUAAGCCAUCAUGACACUGGCAGCAAGACUUGAUGACCUGGAAACAACUCUGGAGCACAUGCUAAUGGAUGUGUUUAUGACGGAAGGGCGGAGAUGUCAGGUCCAUCUCCUGGAUGACAGGAAAUUGGAGCUCCUGGUACAGCCCAAGCUAAUGGCAAAGGAUCUUCUAGACCUGGUGGCGUCCCAUUUCAACCUGAAGGAGAAAGAAUAUUUUGGAAUCUCUUACGUAGAUGAGACGGGUCAUUUCAGCUGGUUGCAGUUAGAUCGUCGUGUGCUGGAACAUGAGUUUCCCAAGAAAUCUGGACCCAUUGUGCUUUACUUCUGCGUAAGGUUCUACAUAGAAAGUAUCUCUUACCUUAAGGACAAUGCCACAAUAGAGCUGUUCUUCCUCAAUGCAAAGUCCUGCAUCUAUAAGGAGCUCAUCGAGGUGGACAGCGAGGUGGUGUUUGAACUGGCCUCCUACAUCUUACAGGAAGCUAAAGGAGACUUCACGAGUAAUGAUGCUACUAGGGCUGAUCUGAAGAAACUGCCAGCACUGCCUACACAAGCACUGAAGGAGCACCCUUCACUCGCAUAUUGUGAGGACCGGGUCAUUGAGCACUAUAAGAAGCUAAGCGGACAGUCCAGAGGCCAGGCUAUCGUCAAUUAUAUGAGUAUAGUGGAGUCAUUGCCCACAUAUGGAGUGCAUUAUUACGCUGUUAAGGAUAAGCAGGGUAUCCCAUGGUGGCUGGGUUUGAGUUAUAAAGGCAUUUUUCAGUAUGACUACCAGGACAAAGUCAAACCAAGAAAGGUGUUCCAAUGGAGACAAUUGGAAAAUCUGUACUUCAGGGAGAAGAAGUUCUCAGUGGAAGUUCAUGACCCGAGAAGCAGGGCGUCGGUAACGCGGAGGACAUUUGGUCACAGUGGCAUCGCCGUGCACACCUGGUACGCCUGUCCCACACUCAUCAAAUCCAUCUGGGCCAUGGCCAUCAGCCAACACCAGUUCUACCUGGACCGCAAACAGAGCAAAAGCAAGAUCCACGCAGCACGCAGUCUGAAUGAGAUAGCCAUAGACCUGACAGAAACAGGAACCCUCAAGACCUCCAAACUUGCCAACAUGGGCAGCAAAGGCAAAAUCAUCAGCGGGAGCAGUGGGAGCCUACUGUCCUCAGGCUCUCAAGAGUCAGACAGCUCCCAGACCGCUAAGAAGGACAUGUUGGCGGCUUUGAGGGCCAGACAGGAAGCACUGGAGGAGACGCUCAGACAGAGAAUAGAGGAACUCAAGAGCAUCUGCAUCAGAGAAGCGGAGCUGACAGGAAAACUUCCAAAAGAGUACCCUCUGGACCCCGGCGAGGAGCCGCCCACCGUCAGACGCAAAAUUGGCACAGCCUUCAAGUUGGAUGAGCAGAAGAUCCUGCCCAAAGGGGAGGAAGAGGAAUUGGAGCGUUUGGAAAGAGAAUUUGCCAUCCAGUCUCAGAUAACGGAGGCAGCGCGGAGGUUAGCAUCGGAUCCUCACAUCAACAGCAAGAAGCUGAAGAAACAGAGGAAGACAUCGUAUCUGAAUGCUCUGAAGAAGCUGCAAGACAUCGAGAAUGGCAUCAACGAGUACCGCGUUCGCUCUGGGAAGAAACCCACACAACGUGCCUCUCUCAUCAUAGAGGAAGCAAAUAUCGGCUCAGAGGACAGUUCGUUGUCUGACGCACUGGUGCUGGAUGAUGAUGACCCCCAGGUGGCAGGAACCCCCACAUUCUCUCCAGCUGCCUCCCCACACAAAGGUCUCCCUCCCCGACCCCCCUCCCACAGCCGGCCGCCUCCCCCCCAGUCCCUGGAUGGACUGAGACACCUGCACUACCAGCGCAGUGACUACGACAAGUCCCCGAUCAAACCCCGCAUGUGGAGCGAAAGCUCAUUAGAUGAACCCUACGAACGGGUGAAGAAACGAUCCUCGCACUCCAGUAGUCACAGGCGGUUCCCCAGCACAGGCAGCUGUGAGGCGGGAGGAAGCAACUCUCUCCAGAACAGCCCGGUGCGCUCCCUCCCUCACUGGAACAGCCAGUCCAGCAUGCCCUCCACCCCUGACCUGAGAACACGGAGCUACGUCCACUCAGCCAGUCUAACUCAGCCCUUCCGUGGCCGGAGUUCCAGUUUGGAGUCUCAGGGGAAGCUGCUGUCCUUGGAGGCAGAUGCAGAGGCAGGACUUAGCCCUGACCUCUUUCUGUCAGGACCACAGAGGACAGGAAGCAAUGGCUCUGUUGUCCCCGACGACUGCUCAUCUUGCACCAGCCACUCCAGCUCAGAACAUUAUUACCCCUCUACCACCUCUAACCCCAACUACUGUACGCUGGCCGAGGACUCGCCAUCCAAAGCCCGUCAGCGGCAGCGCCAGCGCCACAAGUCUGCCGGACACCUGGGUGCGUCCAGUUCCGGCAGCAUGCCCAAUCUAGCGGCCCGUAACGGGAGCACCCACGGAGGAGUGUGCGGGAGCCAUCAGGGUGUGUACCUCCACAGCCAGAGCCAGCCAUCUUCACAGUACCGUAUCAAAGAGUACCCGCUGUACACAGAGGGCAGCAGCCCCAAUGCCGUGGUCGUCCGCAGCCUGGAAAAUGACCAGGAGGGGCACUACAGCGUCAAGGCACAGUUCAAGACCUCCAACUCUUACACAGCUGGGGGGCUUUAUAAGGAGGGUUGGGGCUCCGGGGAGGAUGGGGAAGCGGGUGGCGGCAGCGGGAGGUUGACGCCCUCCCGCUCGCAGAUUGUGAGGACUCCGUCUCUGGGAAGGGAAGGAGGAGGAGGAGGAGGAGGGGGGCGGGCAGCGGUGUCAGAGGAGCUGCGGUGCUGGUACCAGCGCUCGUCUGGAUCGCUAAAGGAGCACAGCCGCGUCACGCACACCAGCUCCAACUCUUCAGAUGGCCGUGGAGGACGAAUAGGGACGCUAGUGAAGGGGUCACCAGCUGCAUCACCACACAGUCAGAGGAGUGGAACUCCCUGUAGUGACCCUGCAGCUACGCCCCCCUGCAGCCCACAACACAUACUCAAUUGGCAGAGCGGAUCGCCGUUCACCGAUAGUUGUUUCCUGAGCAGUCCCCUGUGCUCUGAGAUAGCGGACGUACAGUGGUACGGGCACGAGAAGGCAAAGCCGGGAACGCUCGUCUAAACCGUCAUCCCUCAUCCCUCUCUCUUUAAAAGAGUGUUCAGAAGGCAGGCCUGACCACAGCCUGGACCUCAACUCAUCCGAACACACCUAUGGCUGGAGCCAGUACCACCUCAACCUCUCUUUCAUCUCUGUCUCUCUGUAUACCCGGCGGUACAGUGCUUAUGAACUAUGGGAAUACAAGACUCUGAAUGAACUGAGCUUGACCUUGUCUGAACCUCCCCCUCAGACUUUUGAACUCUGACCCAGUUAGCUGGCAGCCGGUUCCUCCGUAUGCACAAACCCUCCGUGUUUAUUCCAUCGCUGGAGUGAUGUGCAUAAGAGAGAUAAGUCUUAUGCGCGUUGUACUAUAAGUGAACCCCACUCAUGCACACACACACACAUGCUCAAAUAGACAUUCGUCCCCUGCUGUCGUGUGUGUCCCUCUGCACUAAUGUCAGAGAGCCGGCAUCGUUCUCUCUCAUGCACAUGACAUGCACAAAAACACAUUCCGAUGGAUUGCUUUGUCGUCAACCAUCUUUGUAGAUCUUUAUGUUCUCAGUUCUGUUAAAAAAAAAAAAAAAAAAACUAUGUGACCACAAACCCCUCCUUCAUUCUACAGCGCCCAUUCUCAUUUGGACCGCAGUGCACCAUAAGCCUCUGUCUGUGAACUUUGAUAUUUUGUGAAUAACAAUAGAGCAUUUAAAAUGGCAGAAGCCAUUCUUCGAUCAUCCCGGAUUGGAAAACGAGCCCUUAUAUCAUAUCCCUCAAGAUGGUGAUGCCGAAAGCGUCACCAAACAACUACAUUGUUUCAUGGAAAUUCAAAACAUUGUGGUCUUUGUAUGUAAUGUUGGUUUGUCAUUCUCAAGUUCAUUGGUUCUUGUUCAGAAAGUUCAACCAUUUUUGCAGAACAUUAGCUAACUUUUUUAGAAGCCAUAGCUGUACAACAAAUCUGAAGCAUUAGGUUAGAGGCAUUAGCAUGACCCUCGGCGUCGAACGACCAAUCUGUGAAGUACUGCAACUCAGGCCGCAACCAGUGUACUUUGCUAUUAUGGCAACUCGCCAACAUGGUGCUCUGAGCCUGAACUGUACAUCCCACAAUGCCCUGCUGUAAGCCCACACUGCAUGCAGAACCGUCACAAACCCCCGCGUAUAGUGUUGUGACAUCAGUGAAGUGACGAGACACACAAAAAAACCUUCUCCAAACACUCCUGGCCUUAUCGGUUUUCUGUUUUUAUGUAUCUGUUUUUAAUAUUCAGGAUUUUACUUAACUAUAACACCACUAUGACAUUACGAUUACGUUCGUAUUUAUAAAACCGUCAGAUGAGCACAACACAACGUGGCACACCAACUCAAUAUUUCAAUGGAAAUGACGUUACCUCUACCCUGACCUGAGAACAGCAUUCCAGAAUGUGACAUGAUUAAAGCAGGUGCUUAGUUUUAAAAGCCGCUUGUAAGAAACCAUAAGCUCAAACAAUACAGGGUGUUCAGUGCUUUCAUCAUGCAGUCAUAAAAGAUCCGAAACCACGUGUGCCCCUCGCCUCGAUCGUCUGACCGAGGAAAAACAUCAAGCCAUAACGCUAAAGACAUUGUUACACACUCUGCAAGAUACGAAAAAUAUCGUACGUGCAAAGUACCUUAAGAAACAGGUAGCUAAAAGCACACCCUUUGCCAUUACUUCUCAAUAGAUCUUCAAAAAUUCAAUAGUUUGUGCGUGCCGUUAACAUAAGCAGUCAUUACAAAUGUGUAUUCAAAAGGGUCCAAAUCACCAGACGCUAAAUCUAAAAGUCAUCUGAUUCACACUCAUUCACGGGCCUAAGAGUAGACGUUUUUAUCUGCCCUAAAUUGAUUGAUUGUUCAUUCUUUUCAUGCAUGCUCAGCACACUGUGUAAUGCAUCUUGAUGUUAAAAUUAAAACCCAGUGUGAAAACAGCCCUAAUCGAAAGUAAAACACCUCAUCCGCGUCGACAUUUAGAGGUCGUUCAGACCUCGUACGCUCUUAUGCCAAUGUGAGCUCACUCCUUUCGUCUACCUGUACUCGAUAACAAAAACGUAAAUCUUUUUAUAUUAAAAAAAAAAAAAAACUAACACAUUUAUCAACAUUUAUAGGCAGGACUGUGGAAAUUGGGUUCUUUUAAAAGAAAACAUAAAACCAAUCGUUUAAUGAUUUUUAUAAAUCAGUAUUCGUUUUAUUUUGGGGUCUUUAAGCUGGGAAAUAGCAACAACACGUUCAGGUGCUACAGGAAGACCAGUUGCUGCUUUGGUUUCCUAGCUCUAGACUUUUCCUAACUGUUGUCAAUAGUUUUAAUACCAGUUGUGCAAAAUGAAGGACUUUAGUUACUAAACUGUCUUACCACUUCAUCUUGACAAUAGAGCAUGUUUCAUGAGUUCAUUUUCAGAUAUAACCGGACACAAUAAAAUGGUGUUGUAGAAAAAAUAAAGUGGAAUUGUUGGGCAGGUUAAAUAUAACCGAAUUCCACAGUUAAUUUAUUCUUUUUUCUAUUAAGAAUUUGUAUAGUAACAUUUUUCAAAAACCGUGUUGUUGGCAACUGAUACUGAAUUUUCCAGAUGAGAAAUGUGGUGGUUCUUGAGAUUCUGAAAUAAAUUAUUGCUGAAUGUUCGCUAAA